UUCGCCUGGACUUGCGCCGCUCCGGAUCCCGGGAAGCGGCGUGCCGAGGCGCGUAACCGGAGCGCCGCUGGCGCGCGCGGCUCUCCCACUCGGCUGAGCGGCACCGGAUCGGGAUCGGGUCGGGGAGUGCCCUUGCGAGGCUGGGGGGCUAGGAUGCCCGGGAGCGGCGGCGCCGCCAUCUCGCCCGCCGCCGCCCGCCCGGGGGAAGCCCGGCCACCGUCGCCGCUGCCGCUCCACCCGGAGGACGACGACGAGGAGGAGGCACGCCAGGCUGCCUGCGGGGGCGGCGGCGGCGGCGGCGGCGGGUGCUGAGGCGCCCGCGCUCGCCUCCUUUGUCCCGGCUCAGGAGCGUCCUCGUUCCCGUCGCGGCGGGCCGGCCGCGCCUGCUGGGGCGGGUCAUGUAUCCGCAGGGGCGGCACCCGGGCCCCCACCAGCCCGGGCAGCCAGGUUUCAAAUUCACAGUUGCGGAAUCCUGUGACAGGAUUAAGGACGAGUUCCAGUUUCUGCAGGCCCAGUACCACAGUCUGAAAGUGGAGUAUGAUAAGCUUGCAAACGAAAAGACAGAAAUGCAGCGCCAUUAUGUCAUGUACUAUGAAAUGUCUUAUGGGUUGAACAUUGAAAUGCACAAACAGACAGAGAUUGCUAAAAGACUGAACACAAUUCUCGCCCAGAUCAUGCCUUUUCUGUCACAAGAGCACCAGCAGCAAGUGGCUCAGGCUGUUGAACGGGCCAAGCAGGUGACAAUGACAGAGCUGAACGCCAUCAUCGGGCAGCAGCAGCAGCUCCAGGCCCAGCACCUCUCCCAUGCCCCUCACGGGCCCCAGGUACAGCUGCCGCCUCACCCGUCAGGCCUCCCGCCCCCAGGGAUCCCACCUGUCACCGGGAGCAGUUCGGGGCUCUUGGCGCUCGGGGCCCUCGGCAGCCAAGCCCACUUGGCGGUGAAAGAUGAGAAGCAUCAGCAUGACCUGGACCAUCGAGACCGUGACUCCAGUGCGAACACCUCUGUCUCCCCCUCCGAGAGCCUGCGAGCCAGUGAGAAGCACAGAAGCUCCUCGGACUACACCGGCAUCGAUCCCAAGAAGCGGAAGGCGGAGGAGAAGGAGAGCCUGAGCCGCUACGAUAGUGAUGGUGACAAGAGCGAUGACCUGGUGGUCGAUGUCUCCAAUGAGGAUCCGGCAACACCUCGGGGGAGCCCUGCCCACUCGCCUCCGGAGAACGGGCUGGAAAAAGCCCGUGGGUCGAAAAAGGAUGGCCCAAACAGCCCUGCGUCCGUCGCCUCCUCCAGCAGCACUCCUUCCUCCAAGACUAAAGACCUCGGCCACAACGAUAAAUCCUCUACCCCUGGUUUAAAAUCCAACACUCCUACGCCAAGGAGCGAGGUACCAACGCCUGGGACAAGUUCCACUCCGGGCCUCCGACCUGUGCCAGGCAAGCCACCUGGAAUGGAUCCAUUGGCAUCUGCCUUGAGGACUCCUGUCUCCCUCACGGGCUCCUACGCGGCCCCCUUUGCGAUGAUGGGGCAUCACGAGAUGAACGGCUCCCUCGCCAGCCCCGGGGCCUACGCAGGGCUGCACAACAUCCCGCCGCAAAUGACGGCUGCUGCCGCUGCCGCCUACAGCCGGUCACCAAUGGUGAGCUUUGGAGCUGUUGGAUUUGACACCCAUCCACCAAUGAGGGCUCCCGUCCUGCCCUCCAGCCUGGCAUCCAUUCCUGGUGGCAAGCCAGCUUACUCGUUCCACGUGAGUGCGGAUGGACAGAUGCAGCCAGUCCCAUUUCCUCAUGAUGCCCUUGCUGGCCCUGGCAUCCCGCGCCACGCCCGCCAGAUCAACACCUUGAGCCAUGGCGAAGUGGUGUGUGCUGUGACCAUCAGCAACCCAACCAGGCAUGUGUACACUGGGGGAAAGGGCUGCGUGAAGAUUUGGGAUAUCAGCCAGCCGGGCAGCAAGAGCCCCAUCUCCCAGCUAGAUUGCUUGAACAGGGAUAACUACAUCCGUUCCUGCAAACUCCUCCCAGACGGGCGCACGCUUAUUGUUGGGGGAGAGGCCAGCACCCUCACCAUCUGGGACCUGGCCUCCCCUACCCCCAGAAUCAAGGCAGAACUGACCUCCUCUGCUCCUGCCUGCUACGCCUUGGCCAUCAGCCCAGAUGCCAAAGUGUGCUUCUCCUGCUGCAGUGAUGGGAACAUUGCCGUCUGGGACCUCCACAACCAAACAUUAGUCAGGCAAUUCCAAGGUCACACGGACGGUGCCAGCUGCAUUGACAUCUCCCACGAUGGCACCAAGCUCUGGACAGGUGGCCUAGACAACACAGUGCGCUCCUGGGACCUUCGGGAGGGCAGGCAGCUGCAGCAACACGACUUCACCUCCCAGAUCUUCUCACUCGGAUACUGCCCAACCGGUGAGUGGCUCGCGGUGGGGCUGGAGAGCAGCAAUGUGGAAGUGCUGCAUCACACCAAGCCUGACAAAUACCAGCUCCACCUCCAUGAGAGCUGUGUCCUCUCCCUGAAGUUUGCCUGUUGCGGAAAGUGGUUUGUGAGCACUGGUAAAGAUAACCUUCUCAAUGCCUGGAGGACUCCGUACGGAGCCAGCAUCUUCCAGUCAAAAGAAUCUUCCUCCGUUUUAAGCUGCGAUAUUUCGGCAGAUGACAAAUACAUUGUCACAGGUUCGGGUGACAAGAAGGCCACAGUUUAUGAAGUGAUCUACUGAGCUGCUGUGACUUGGCCAGGAACUCUGGCAGAAGAGCAUGAUAUGGAGAGCAGCCGAAGGUUCUCUUGAUGCCCUCUGGAAGGUUUUUGUGACCUGGGUGGAUCUUCUGUGAUGACCUUGGAAUAACUCUGGAAGGGACUUUGAUGCUCAGGCCAGCUGAUCGAUGGCAGUGCAUUGUCCUUGCUGGAUUGCUUUUUCUCUUGGUUCUUGGUUUGCACACCUGUGAUCAGGAGGCAGCUAACAUCCUGGAUUUGCAUUCAGGAGGGGCCCGUGGUUCUCAUUUCCCCAUCAGACUUGGUAGGAACUGUAGAUAACAGAGGAGCUUCAUGCUGAGGCUUCCUUGGUCUGCUGUGCCAGCAGUGUGUCCUCCUCCUCCUCCUUUUUCUACUGCUGCUGCUGCUGCUUUGGUCUGCUCUCACUGUGUACUGCUUCAGUUUUGCUUCUAUUCUGGUGGUAGCUACCAUAAUCCCCUCUGCCCCCACUUGAAAAUAUGCUUGGAGAUGUUCUACCAACCUUGUCCCCAGCCUGAGCAAAGGUGUCCUCCUUGAAAUGGGUUUUUUUUUGUUGGAUGCAUGAACCAGUUCCUCUGGCAUUGAGACUUCUCUGGGCUGGGCUUUAGCUUCUGGUUGGAUCCUCAUCUCCUGAUUCUGGUGGCAGCGGAAAAGCCGCAGUCUUCUGUGGCCAUCUUUAAAGCACUUGCCAGCUGGGGCAACAGGAUGCCUCGCCUCCCAAGUGGGCUCUUGCCCAUCGCAGCCUUCGGACCUGGACACCAAGUGGGAGGGUGUUCAAGAAAGCAACAUUUAAACUAAUAAUGCUCAGGGAGCCAAGAAAAAGAUAAUAGCAACUUGUGGUGGGAUUUUUUUUACUCCAUUGAAAGUAAAGUAAUAGACGGCAAUGUUUAAAUACAAGUUGUUGUUUUUUAAGUUUACUAACAAACAUGGUUUCUGUAUGGGGUGGUUGACAGUGGGAUUUCUGUGGCUUUUGGCAAUCUAUGUUUCAGCCUGUUGGCUUGAGCAAAGUUGUGUGUGGGGAAGGGAGUGGGGAGGGAGACCCAUCUACUGGCAUUUUUGUACUAAAGGAGUAAAUAAAAUUUAAACUCGGGAAAUCUACAUAUUUAUGUAGCAGAAGAUCUUGCCCUGUAAUGUAGCAUAUGGAAAAGAAUUUUUAUACCACAUUUUAUGGAUUAUUUUUUAAUUUUUGAUUUUGAUCUGGUUUUUAAAAAGGUAACUAUGGCUCAAUGGUGAAAAAACUACCUGUUUCUAUUAAAGGCCAUGCUGGUACAUAAAGGAA